AUGGCUACUAAUAAUUUCCAUAGGAAAUGGGUUUCCGUGAGUGUUCUUGUUAUGUGCAUUGUUCUUCAGUUGAGUGUUAUAGCUGUUGUUGGUGAUGAGAAGCUUGACAAAGAAAGAUACGGAUAUGGAGAUGAUUGUCGGUUUAGACGUGGACCGCGCUGUAGGGGUUGGAUGGGCCGUCGUGGGCGUGGCGGCGGAGGAAUAGGGGGAGGAGGAGGGUUUGGUGGUGGUGGAGGUGGAGGUCUCGGCGGUGGUGCAGGCCAUGGAGGUGGUCUAGGAGGUGGAGGAGGCUUUGGUGGUGGCGCGGGAGGUGGUGUUGGAGGUGGGGGAGGUCAUGGUGGUGGAGUAGGUGUAGGUGGUGGAGGAGGUGUAGGUGGUGGAGUUGGAGGAGGCAUUGGUGGCGGAGGUGGUGCAGGAAGAGGUGGAGGGGGUGGAUUGGGUGGUGGCUCAGGACAUGGUGGAGGGUUUGGAGCAGGUGGUGGUGUUGGUGGAGGCAUAGGUGGUGGAGCAGGUGGAGGUGGAGGUGGUGGUGGAGGAGGAGGAGGUGGUGGUGGUGGUUUGGGUGGUGGUUCAGGACAUGGAGGAGGAUUUGGUGCUGGUGGUGGUGUUGGAGGUGGUGGCGUAGGAGGUGGUGUUGGUGGGGGAAUUGGUGGUGGAGGUGGAGGUGGUAGUGGUGGAGGUGGAGGAAUAGGCGGAGGUUCAGGUCAUGGUGGAGGCUUUGGUGCCGGAGGUGGUGUAGGAUCAGGGGGAGGACUAGGGGGAGGAGGGGGAGGAGGAGGUGGCGGUGGUGGUGGAGGUCGGAUAGGUGGUGGCUCUGCUCAUGGUGGAGGCUUUGGUGCAGGAGGUGGGGUAGGAGGGGGAGGUGUUGGCGGUGGCGGUGGCCGUGGUGGUGGUGGAGGGAUUGGGAUUGGCAUUGGAGUAGGAGUUGGGGUUGGAGCCGGCGCCGGUCAUGGUUCCGGUGUUGGUGGAGGAGUUGGAGGUAAACACUAA